CACAACAUACUCUCGGCAUCAUCCUUCCGGAGCGCUCUCGUGCACCGAAGUGCCGAAGCAGAGCGUGCAGAGCACGAGGCAAUCGCGCGCAGCCACGGCAGCACCGCAGCAAACGGCACGGCCAGCAGGACGCACAGGACACGGCCCGCAGAAAGCAGCCCGAUACGCUCCCACGGUUCGCAUCGUACGGUUCAGUACGGUACAGGCCGAAAGCGAACGAGGACGGUUUUGGACGUCGUGACCCCCGCCAAUCCCUUGUGGUACAACGCUGGUGAGGUGAAAGCUUGUGGUGUGCUACGCGUACAGUCAGUGCUGCUAAUACUGCCCCGGACUGUCUCGGUGGUGCGUAAGCGUUUUCCCCCUGUUCCCGGGGACGUGGGUGCGUACGCAAUGGCUGCAAAUCGUUGGUGCGUUGUGCGGUGUUUCUAUCGAUUGAUGUGCAUUUUUGAUUACAGUGUGAGUGAAAGCUGUGCGCUGUGGGUGUAAGACGCACGGUGCGUAGUAGGGACGGUGCAAAGAAGGGUGCCAAAGCAGAAGGAAGUGAAGCAGCGAAGAAGGAAAAAUACUUACACGAACGGGCUUGAAUUAUCUUAGUGCGACCACGUGGCUUUGCAUCAGCACGUCGCCAUUACAAUUUCCAAUCGGCCGCUCGGUUGUGCCCGUACAUUGUUGCCGUCUGUGUGUACCACCACCACUGGGGGUGAUAUAGGCCCUGUUCCUCUCUGCCCGACGAUUGAGCUGGUUCGGGCUGGUUUGUGUCGGGGAAAGCGGAAAUGAUUGCACUGAUGGUGCCACUGAUGGCGCAGACGAUGGUACCGACGAGGCCGCUGCUGACGAUGCAGUUUUGUGCAUAAUUUAAGUGAGUCCUCCAGAAACCCCACCCGCCAUCCCCACUGGGUGUGUCGACGUCUGUGAGUGUGUUUGUCUCUGUGUGUGGCUGUGUACGUGUGUAAGGUGUACCGUGCCCUUGUGCAGUGCUUACGGGCAGUCCUUGUGAUUGUUAACAUCGUUGCUUGCGUCUUCAAAUUACACUCUCGUCGAGUGCCGAGGUUUUGUGUGCCGAGGACCAGUAGUGGCAGCAUGGCGGACAGGGGCACGGCCACGCAAUCGUGAUCGGUCGGUGAGCAGCAGAAUUUAUGGCCGAUUCGUGCCUCGGCUCGCUGCUGAUGGAUUAGCUUCAUUGUGUGAGUGUGUGUCGUCCCGGUCCCGGUUCGCAGUCUCGUCCUUUUUAUUCACUCUUUCUGCACGGACGCAGCACGAGUUUGUUGCGAAAGCUGGCUGCACCACGCAAACCCACCCGCCAUCCCGUCCCCGUCAACAGCGUGAGUGGGUGAUGAUGAGCUACUUUAAAGUGUGCUAAAGAUAAAAUUAAAGCAACAACAGCACCAGAGCAACAAUAAAACACAGAGGAGAAGGAGAAAAUAAAAACACAAGGGGCGUAGUUCGAGUGGGGUUUGACAGCACAUCCAGCGGAACAGCGGGUCAAGUGUUGGGUGUUGAGUUUCGAUACACCAAACUUUCAAACCCAGUGCCAACGAUAGCGUCGCGCGUGUUUCCAUCACACACAAACACACUGUCCGUCCAGAUGUAAUUUCACACUCCUCGACCCACGAUCACUUGUUACCCUCCCCCCCCACCCUCGCCUGCCUGCCUUCUACACCGUUGAGUGUAAACGAGCUUCUUCAGAAAAAAACACAACAACAACAACUGCAGCAACAAACCAACACAAACACACCAAAGCACUCAUAAAGCAGUGGGAAACGAGCCAAAGGACUACUUAAUCACUCAACCGAAUCCGGCCUGAGCACGACAAAUUACAACCGGACAUGUUAAUUAACGCCAGCAAAUCGGCAGAAUCAAUUACACGCUGAGCUUGCGAGACCGUUCGUUGUACGGUGUAGAAAGUUGCUGCUGCACAAGCGAGGAACAAAAAGAAAGAGAGAAAACAACACACCAAAGACAUACACUUUUUCUGGCGCAACGAGCCAGCAACACCGGCACGAUGGUAUCGGCGACAUAUCAACACCUGACGCUGGCACUGCUGGUGCUGUGCAUCGUUACCAGCCCGAUCGAGAGCCGGUACCGGGAGAAGGAUGCCAAAAAGGGCAAAGCACAGCCCAUCCUACCGCAGAUGAUCGUACCGUCGCCGCUGAUGAACCUCUGCUCGGGCGAUCGGGAGAUGAAGCUCGUCUGCCACUGCUCACCCGACGAUCCGCACGUGAAGGCGCAGAAGGCAAACUGUUGGAUCUUCAGCAAGGAUCUGCCCCGCAAGGACGCCAACUGGCUGGCCUUCCAGACGCAGUCGACGCUGGAGCAGCUCAAGAUCACGGUACAGAAGAUAGGCAACCUGGCGUACAUACCGUCGGACGUGCUGCACACGCUCAAGUACCUGAAGCAGCUCACGAUCGAGUACGGCGUGAUACCGGACCUGCUGAACUACGCGUUCGGCAAUCUGACCGAGCUGCGCAAUGUCACACUGCACAAGAACCAGAUCCGCAUCGUGCAUCCGUUCGCGUUCGCUAACCACCCGUUCCUGGAGGAGAUCAAUCUGGAGCGCAACGAGAUUCUCGAGCUGGACAAGGAGGCGCUCGUACAUCUGCCGGCGCUCCGCAAGCUCAACCUUGACUUUAACAACCUCUCGAUGCUGCACGACGACGUGUUCGCCUAUCUGACCAGCCUGGACGAGCUGAAGCUCGAAUCGAACCAGAUCUCGGUGCUGACGCGCGAAAUCUUCAAGGGUCUCGGCAACCUGCGACUGCUGAAGCUGACCGCCAACAGUCUAACCUUCAUCGGGGACACCAUCUUCGCGGAGCUGUGGAGCCUGCAGGAGCUGGAUCUGGAUCACAACCAGAUCGAGAAACUAUCCGCCCGUGCAUUCGACGGCUUGAACAAUCUGCGGAAGCUCAACCUGGAGAACAACCGGCUGAAGCGGCUCGAGCGUGGCAUCUUUACCGGCGUACCGGCCGUCCUUAAUCUCAACCUCAACGCCAAUCAGCUGGAAACGAUUACGUACAACAACUUCCUGCCGCUAAUGGACAACCUAGUCAAUAGUACGGCCAUUCUUCAUCUCAAAGAUAAUCGGCUCCUGUGCGACUGCCGGCUACUGUGGCUGUUCGAUCUGCGCAACAACACCAAAAACGAGGACCUUCGGCAGGCGCUCCAGCAGGUGGAAUGUUUGUACGACAUCAAGGGCAUCUACGGCCCGCCGGCGCUGGCACACGGUCAGCCGAAAGAGUACGGCCGCAGCCAGCCGCACGAUACCGUCGUGUUCGACGAGGAGUACUACGACGACACCGGCCACCGAAAGCCGGGCGUAGUGCUGCAGCAGAAAAAGUACGGCCCGAGCCGUACCGGCCCGGACAGUGCCGGCCCGGACAAGGGCCAGCUGCAGCCCGUCACGCUGAUGAAGCUGCGGAAGGACACGAUUCUGCCCUGCCCGAAAGAGCUGGACGAACCGACGGAGCUGCCGCUGUCGCGCGAAUCCAUCGGACUGGACCUGGGCUGGCGUUCGUCGGUGACGGCCAUGAGCGAUAGUGCAACCUGCCUCCGGUCGAUGCGGCUGCUGCUCGGUAUGUGUUCCCUGCUCGCGCUCACCCGGCGAAGAUGUUAGUUUUUGGACGCUGCCGACACUUAUCACGAUUAACGGCGACAGGAUUACUUAUGGCGGCAGGUUUAGGAAAGGGGAGUAAGGAUGGGGAACCCGAUGUGUUUGUGUGUAUACCCUCUCGUAGCAUGUUUUGUUUUAUCUACCAGAAGAUCUCAACCUUCACUGCUCUCGCAUUGAUGCUGUACUGUUUCGUUUGUGAAAGGCAGAGGGGAGAAAGAAAGAAAAACAAAACAAAAGUGGGAAAUGCUAUUUGCCCCGCACAGUGUAAAUAAUGGCGUUAGAUCAGAGUGGCAAAUCGCUGAUUUGCCCGUAGCUAAAUAAUGGUAAUUUAGAUCGAAAACGAAUUUAUACGAAUGCCAACGAUGCUCUGCUGCUCGUACAGUGUCUCAUAGGACAGCCGAUAGAAAGGACAGUACAGGGGGCACACUCUAGAGCAUUGCAACUGUAACUCUUACAGCCAACUACUGCUCGUUGGCAUACGGCAGACGGAUAAAUGAAGUGCAUCACACCUAGGGCGGUGUGGUCCAUAGCGGCCUUGUACAUACAACCUUUUCCUUCUACCCCUUUUCAUCUGUUCAGACACUCUACCGUAACGUUUUUGGUACCUAAAUGUGUGUCUCUGGCCCUCGCCCAGGUACGCAGAGAUCGAUCACUUAGUAACAUACUGCACGCACACACUUUAAAUUCCACGCAGGUAUCGGACUGGUUACGGAAUGUACGUGUACAUAGCAGCACUGAAAGAAUAAUAUUACAACGCGUUCCGAGCGACCAGCACAGCAGCUUUUUCCUUCCCGGCACAGCAUCGGUACGGCUUCGCUGGGUGUUUUUGCUCGAUUAAGUAGCUCUAGCUUUGGUUGUCGUUUUAUAUUACUUGCUAGGAGCUAGUUAUUUCAACAUUCUUUUCAUAAAAUAUCUUUAAGCCCCUGCAAAUGGUCGUAGAAGCUUCUGUCAAAACUGCGAUUAAAUGCCUUUUGCUUUAAGAAUUGCAUACUUUUAGGCGUUUUGAUUCAAACUGUACAGCCCGUUCACUGCUACAUUUGGUAUUAGCAGUUUAGCAGCAUUACAGCAAAGGCAUUAUUUAUUUUUCUCCAACAUAUUACCAUCAUUCGGGGUGUUUUUUUUUUACGGUACAAUUAUUGUUCAUUUUAAUUUAAAUUAAGUCAACAUUGGCACUAAAACUGCAAACUACCUACCCUAACUGUGCUUGUCAAAUGCACACCAUUAAUUACACGAUCCUCAAUAUUUAGCCCUAUUUUUGAGUGUCUUUUUGCAAAUGAGUUAAUAAAGCACUGUUUUUGUAAAGCUACUUCUGAACAACCCCGGAACAGCAAGUGGCAGAAGCCUGAUUGUGCGUUCCCUGAAACCCAUUCGAAGCUCACAAAAUGAGCCUGUUUGACACCUCAUCAGGCAACGGUCGUCAGUUUCACGAGCGCACUUUAACGAGCCCAUUACGCCAGUAAGUAACACCCCGCCACCAGUUCCAAUCUGGCUGGCUGGCAGUGCCAUAAAUGGACGUUUGCACCGUGUGCAGUUAGCGCGACGGAAGACGGAGCUGAAUUUUUAAAACAGCCUAAAACUCAUACCAUCAGCGUCAUAAUUUACAUACCCUGACGUCGCCGGAGGUUGAAACAUUAGACCAUUUGUCGCGAGUCCCGUCGCUCCAUGGCUGUCAAAAAAACAGUACAGCCAAGUGUGAUGGUUCGCUUACACUUCCCAAAGUCAGAAAACCACCACGCGACACUUGCUGGAAGGUGUGCGAAAAUGGAUGCUUACUGUCUGCUGGUGCGCAUCGUAUAAAAUGUGUCUGGAAAUGGAAAAAGCUUCAAAGGAAGCUAAAACCAGACUCACAUGAUGCAUCUAAACAGCCGCACAAGACUAACAAACAAACCCGCCCAAUGCCAGAACUGAGCUGUCUGAGUGUAUGUAUGUAUUUGUGUUUGUUUGCAAACACAAGAGAAAACAAUUGAAAAACAACAACCACGAAAACCCGACUACAACGCACGCUCCCGCACGAAAAUGAACCGAAGGACGGAGGAUAAAAAAUGAAAUGUUAAUAAAAUAACGAAGUACGUAAGCAUACAUUUACUGCCACCGUAAAAAGUGUAAAACGGGCGUACAUAAACCAUGGCACCCCUGGAAGGGGUAUUUGCGAUGGACCGGGUGGUGGCCCCGGCUAUCGAUGCCCAGCGUACGCCGGCGAGGGACAGAAAAGGGCUGUCGAAAGUUUAUUUUUAUUUCGUUUAUUUUACAGUUUAUUUUUUCUUUAUUAUACUAGCCGAACAAGCAACCGAACACAUGCAACGCAUUCUGUCGCCACACACCCGGGUUCGCGCUACGGGCGUGCAAUGGGAUGUUUUUCCCCCGAACACGUCUCGAAAGUCUGCUUCGUGACGCCUUUAAGGGAGAGAAGAGCAAGACAGAGCAAGAAAAACAACUUUGGUACAAUUACGUUACUUCUAUGUCUUUUUUCCUUGUUUUUCUCGCCCAAGCUGCCCUUUCUUUAGGCGCACCGUGGCGCAAACUUCUCGCAAGUCUGGGGACGCAGACAGGCAGAAGGGUGUCACGGAGCAGCCAAAUUAAUAUUUAAUGUACGCGCAGCCGAUGCUCUACAUCCGCGGAAGGUGAAGCUGUGAAAAUAAAACCGAAACGAAGUUGCGGAAUGUUAAAAACCAACCAAAAUUGAACAAGCUCUUGGGGCGGCUAGAACGAUCCACCAGACACGCACACACACACACACACACACACACACACAAAUACACACACACGUACAGAUGGCCGAUCCAUCGGGUGGCGGCAGCAUAAACCCCGCGGGAAAUGGGAAGUUGAUUUUCUUUCGGCCCGGCUUCCUGGAGCGGAAUUGGCAGCGCAGCCACCAGGCCGGGAAAUGAGCACUAAAAACCCCGAAUUGAACAUCAUGUCUAAGGCGUUUCGGCGGUGGGGUCGCACAAAACGUUCGACACUUAGGGGUGGGUGGCUGCUCGUAGUGGGUGAUUGGGAUUCUCCUGCAGGCACGAAACAGCAGCAAAAAAAAAACAGAACCCACGAUGCCAACAACAACGAUGCGACUAACACACUUUUCUUGUUGGGUGUGAAACCAUCUUCGAGAAGCGCACCGGAGAACAUCAUUGCAACAUAAAACUAGCGGUACUAGCGCACCCAAUUAGUAGUCGAAUGUAAUCUGCGUAAUUGAGUGUAAUCAUGUUACGAAGCUUGCAAUGGGGUAGGAAGCCGGAAGAGCUGAGGCAAAGUCGAUGCAAUCUACAGCUCGGGCAAACGCUUUUUUUUUUGCUUCCCCUUUAUGCUGUUCGUUUCCUAUGUUUAAUGCUUUCGGAUUUAGGGGAAAAGGUGUAAGAGAAAGAGAGGGGAUGGAGAGAGUAGGUUAGUGCAAAGUUUUCGUUCCCUAACCGACUUACCGAGUGCCAGGGGAGGGAUUAGAGCAGGAUACUUGGAAAGUUCCCGUAACGAAGAUUUACGAGCCGGGCCACUGCCGGGACAUGCGGGCGCACGGGUAAAAUUAUGCACCCAAAAGCCUACAAUAGCGCCAGCCUGAGGAAACGUACGGCCGAGUAGAUGAAUGUGGUUGUGCAGGAGCAUGGGACUACGCGAAGCAUGUGGUAGCGCGCGGAUAACGUGAUUAGAAACGCCGCGUUGGUAGCUGUUACAAAAGGAGAAAGCCACGGAAAACUUACUGUACAACAGCAAGGAUGUAAACUUAAGAGAAAAACACAUACAACAUACUUUUUUUUUUUGGUACAAAAAAAAAUCAUUGCAGGAAGGGGGAAGCUGUCAAAACUUCUGCUACAGCAAGUCGUAUACAAACCAUUGAAGUACUUUACAUAGUUAAGAUGAACGAGACAAACGGUGACAUCAAUGAUUCGAAUAGUAAAUAGCAUAGUCAAUGCAAAAGAAACACACCUUACACAACUAAACACGUACAAGCCAGAUUUUUCAUCUGUAAAUACUGUAUAAAUGUGACUCUAGAUGUGCGACCCUAGCUACUCACUCACUACUCACUGCAGAGACACCCAGGCAGAAAGCAAAAACAGCCAAAACUGAGGGAAAUUUAAAGGCAAUAAGUCACAAAUGGAAACGGUAAAACAGCAGAGCAAGGUGACUCCAAGCGAAUGGGCCGCCUCGUUCUAGCACACUGAAACAAUGUAUCUGCUCGGCAGGGGCAGAACAACGUGCGGAAAAUAAAACCAAAACAAACAGAGAAUAAUAUAUGAACACUAAUACAAACAGAAGCAAAGCUAUGCAAACGCCCCUCACACUCACCCAACAAAUCGUGAACGUAUUGUGUUUGAUGCGUAGCAAGGAUGAUGAAAUAGUUUGAUAGUAGUUUGUUUUUAUGUCACUUGUGUUUGCCUUAAACGUCCAUUUACGAAUCGAUUUUUAUUCUAAUCCACAAAACCAGCGCAAACACACAUACUACGGUGCGUACACGAUGGCACCCGUGGUAGGCCAGGGCAGAUGUGAACAGGGUUCAACGUGACAGAGUUGAGCAGAGGAACGAUAAUGAAAUGAACCCAGCAGCAGCCAAGCAAAGCGGACAGGAUGAAGUGAAAAAUGCAUCCUUGUAACAUUUUUUAUGCUUCAGUGAUGUCCCUAACUCGACUAGGAUUAAUAAACGUAUGGAAAGUAAAAAUAAAGAAAACCAACAACAAAUCAUAAUUGAUCUUGAAAACAGUAA